AUGCUUGUUUAUCUUGACGCUCCCCUGUGGGACCAAAGUCUUGCAGACUGCGUUGCUGCUCCUGCUCGUCGAGAACUUGCGAGGACAUCGAGUUAUGGGAAACCAAGGCCAAGGAGAGCCUUCCUCCUACCAACUAAAGAAAACAUUGGCCCUGGGGAACAUACCUCACUACUAUCUAAGUAUCUACAGGUCGCCCUGUUUUUGGUCUCACGCCAGUGUGAGAUGGCAACCCCAAUACUGCGUCAUCCGGAUCUGAGCUUCCCUAACAUCCUUCUUAGCCCUGGAACAAACAAGAUAGAAGGAGUAAUUGACUGGCAGGACGCAUCUAUUCUUCCACUUUUCAUACAAGCAGGCUACCCCGCCUUUUGUGAACACAAUAUUUCCCAAGUCCAGUCUUUAAGAGAACCAACUUCUCCCGAAAACUACGAGGAGCUGAAUGAGGUGGACAGAAUGAAGGUAGAUAUAAAGCUCCAUUUGGAAAAGGCCAACUUAUAUUACUAUGCUGCUACCGGACUUGAGAAUGGUUUGCACCUGCGGGCACUGCGUUUGCCUGGCAUUUGGAUGAUACAGUACCUUAUCUCUCAUGCCGGCUACCCAUGGGAUGCUGACCUGAUAAACCUCAAAGCAGCUCUAGUUGGGCUCACCAAAAUCUGGGAUGGAAUUAUAUCCGACCCAUGCCCGAUCUCUUUUUUCCCUAAGGAUGAAAAGACAAUACUAAAUGAUGCUGCCGAGUGGAGGGAAUGUGAAGAGAUACUUUUGAAUAUUCAAGAGAAUAUUGGGAUCGAGAAGGCGGCACGCAUCCAGAUGAUUUUGAACAUGCUUCUGAUAUGGCACACCGGUUUCGGGUACAGAUAUAUACCAACGCUGAAGAGCAACUUGGAAAGCUGUUUUGGAAAUCUUGGAUAUUCAAGGAUGAUAGUGACAACUCUCCUCCCCCUGUACUCUGAUCUCAAGGUUCUGACUUCUACAUACUCUCCCUUGUACGAUAAUAUUCAAAAAACCGACCCGAAAGGGAACAAAAGAAAUUCAUCAGGGGCCGUAACGCUAAAUGCUCCAGUAGUUAAGUGA